GGUUCAUAUUAAUAAGUAAACUAUAGCACAUUAAAAGGAUUAAAUAAAGUAUUUAUUACAUAAAUCAGAAAAUUGUUCCUAGGAUAGCAGUGGAAAAUUAUUUUGCAGGAAAUAUUGCGUUAAGCAAACUAAAAAGUUAUUAAUUAUUAGAACGAUUUAAGGCGCGACACGUGAGCAAAGCAUUUUGUUAGCAUUACAUUAUUUACAUACAUAUCUUUCUUUGAUCAACUAAGUGUUAAAAUUUUAUUUGAAGACCGUCAUUAAGUUAAAUCAAUGUAUAAUAAGUAAAAAUUAAAAGAAUAUGACCUUAUAUCAUUUUGGAAACUGCCUGGCAUUGGUUUAUGUGCCAUAUUAUAUGACUUAUAAAUACUCGGGAUUAUCUGAAUAUGGAGCGUUUUGGAAGUGUAUACAGGCCGGAGGGAUUUAUAUAUUCACGCAAUUGUGCAAAAUGUUGGUAUUAGCAACGUUUUUCGACUCUGAUUCUUUAAGCAGUGCAACGAAUGAUUUCAACUUUUUAGCGGAAUUUUUGCGCUGUACCGUAGACAUAGCUGAUCUAUUGGGUUUUGCGUUGAUAUUAUCCCGUAUACCCGGUAAGGGCCACAGUAAAUUAAUAACGGCUGGUUUAGGUUGGGGAGCUGCUGAAGUGAUACUUUCCCGUGGUAUAAUGCUGUGGGUUGGUGCCCGUGGCACAGAGUUUAGUUGGAUUUAUAUACUCAAAUGCCUGGAAUCUAACGUUCUACUGAUACAACAUAUAACAACAGCAGCUUUAAUUUGGAUGUUUACCCGUCAUGAUUUGAAUAAAACUUUGAAGCCAUUUGUUACAUUGUUACUUGCUAUUACAGUGUUUAAGGGUGUUUGGCUCGAGGGUUUAUUAAGUGCCUUAGCUUUGGGGCCGUGGUAUGAAAUUGGAGCAAAGGCCCUAAUAUCCAUUCUAAUCGGUUUGGCUACCUUACAUAUUUACGCAGGCUUGGCCCAGCAGAUUGGCAUUUAAAUAUUUUUAUUUGUAGUCCUUUUCAAUAUUUAACAACGGGUUUAAAAAUAAAGUUCAGUAGCUAUAUGAAGUAGCUAAUUAAGAAAAGAAGAA